AUGAGCAGUCUUUCGAUCCACCCACUAAUUCGGUUAAAAACCCACCAUCCAUUUCGCGCCAAAAACACCAGAAAAUCCACAGCCAUUUAUGCUUCCAGUGAUAACCCUCAGAGCCAACGACAACAACAACUCAAUCUCUCUGUUCUUCGCUUCACUUUAGGGAUACCUGGAUUGGAUGAAUCUUACUUACCAAGAUGGAUUGGUUAUGGGUUUGGUUCACUUUUGAUAUUGAACCAUUUUGUGGGGUCUAAUUCAGACACCACUCAAGCACAGCUGAGAACUGAGGUUUUAGGCCUUUCUUUAGCUACUUUCUCUGUUGCACUUCCUUACUUUGGAAGGUUUCUCAAGGGUGCUGCUCCAAUCGAUCAGGGGACUCUUCCUCAAGAUGCUGAGCAAAUUUUUGCGAUGUCACAGAAUAUUUCUGAUGCUCAGAAGGAGGAUUUGGCUUGGGCAACAUAUAUUUUACUGCGCAAUACAAAUUCAACAGCUGUGUUGAUAUCAAUUGAAGGUCAAUUAUGUGUUCGCGGAUACUGGAAGACUCCAGAUACAAUGUCAAAAGAUCAAGUGCUUGAUUGGUUUAAGGGACAAAUUGAAAAUAUUGGCUUGUCUGAGGUGAAGGACAGCCUCUAUUUCCCUCAGACUACAGAAUCAGAAAUUUGGGAGAUGCUUCCCAAGGGAACUCGUUCAUUACUAGUAGAGCCUGUGCUUCAAGCAACAGUCCAAAGCACUAAUGUGACUGAAAAGAAUGGAGGUUUUAUUCUGUUGGCUUCAAGCAUAAGGUAUGCUUAUAGUGAUAAAGACAGAGCCUGGAUAAGAGCAAUUGAAAACAAAUUUAGUAGUAAGAGCACAUGUUCAGAAUAA